AUGCAAGAAGUAAAGAAGCAAGACGAGGAGAAGCUCCCGAGAUCAACUAGGCCCUUAUCAGUGAUAAGCCGGAGUGCGCGAUGUGGCCGCUCCGGCGACCCUAGUAUACAAUGGGGACCACGUAUCAUCAGCUUCGCAAGCUUCCCAAGGUUCAUCGACCAGACACAUUCACAACUUGGAUUCUUGAACCUUUUGAAUCUUGGAGAAAUUGAGUCCUCCAGGUUUUUCACCGCCACGGUGCUCGGGCUGCUCGCGCCCAGCCUGUGCGCCGCAACCAACCUUACUACGCCUAGUCGAUUGGAUCUUCCGUCCGGCUUCAAACCACCGCAGGUUUUCAGAAACACAAAUCUGGUUCGGAAUACCAAUUUGGAAAAGAGCUAUGUGAGGGAAACAGUCAAUGUUGUUGUGGAGAAUAUCGACAACAAGCCUCAGAGCGACUACUACAUCCCCUUCUCUGCUGAGGUGUUCGACCGUAUUGCAGGCUUCGAAGCGAGGGAUAAGAAGGCCCCCGAGAAGGGACGCUUCAAUGUGGACUAUACUGAAGCUGUGUCAUCUGACGGCAACCAAUACUUCGUCAUUCACCUUCCCGAGCCCUUGGCCCCGAAGUCGCAGACUACCCUUGGAAUCUCGUACUCGGUGCUUUCCUCUCUCAGCCCGCUUCCCGCAACCAUUGGACAGGCAGACAAGCAAUACCUCACCUACUCCUUCUCCGCCUAUAUGCCCUCCGCCUACACGACAGAUACACAGAAGUCCAAGUUGAAGUUCCCCAGCACCAAUGUGCCGGAUUACACAACCACUGAUGGUCUCAAGCCCGGCCCAGACCCCGAGCGCAAGGGCGCGACAUACACCUACGGCCCGUAUAACACGGCCAAGGUGGCCCCGGGCACCGAUCACCCAAUUACCGUCCGGUACGAGUUCACCAAGCCCGUAAUCACUGUAAACCUUUUGGAGCGUGACUUGGAAGUCUCGCACUGGGGCGGCAACCUUGCAACCGAGGAACGGUACUGGCUUCGCAACAACGGCUCGGAGCUGACCACUCAGUUCUCGCGUGUCGAAUGGACUUUCACCAGCUACCAGAAAGCCCCUACUUCAGCGGUUCGUGAGCUGACAUACCCGCUUCUUCCUGGCUCUGUCGACCCUUACUUCAUUGAUGAUAUCGGCAAUGUCUCGACCAGCCGCUACCGUCCAAGCGUUGGUAAGAGCGCAGGUAGCUUGGAGCUGAAGCCCCGUUACCCGAUCUUCGGAGGCUGGAACUACAGCUUCCGCAUUGGUUGGAACAACGACCUUGCUUCGUUCCUGCGCCGUGCCGCGGGUGUCGACUCCGACUCCUAUGUCCUCAAGGCCCCGCUCAUUGAGGGACCUAAAAUGGCUGAAGGUAUCCAGUAUGAGCGUGUGAUUGUGCGUGUUGUUCUCCCCGAAGGUGCUCACAAUGUCCGCUUCGAAAUCCUUGAGGGAGCCAACAGCAAUGGCCUCCCUGGUGCGAACCACAUUCACGCUCAUGUCAGCUCUCUCAAGACUUACAUGGAUACCCUGGGCCGGACCACAUUGACCCUGGAGGUUGACAGUCUGACCGAUGAAGCGCGUGACUCCAAGUUCGUGGUUACUUACGAUCACUCCAUGAUUGAUGCUCUACGCAAGCCUUUGACUAUCUUCGCGGGGCUGCUCACAGUCUUUGUCGCUGCCUGGGGCAUUGGAAAGAUUGAUGUCAGCAUCAAGAAGCGUCGUGUCCAAGAGGUCUCACCAAUCGACUUGUAUGUUUACAAAGUUUCCAGCUUUUCUUCCAACGUUCCUUCCAAAGUCCAUAUAAAGGAAUCGCCGAAUAAACCUCGUCCACCCCCGGUGGACGACAACACCACGCAAAACUCGCCAUCCAAAGCAAACCUAGCUGGCACGCGCGACCGCCUCGGCCCAGUAGUGUUAUUCAUCGCCCGAGCCUCAAACCUGACCGACCACGGCUAUCCAAAGGCAACCCUGACCACCAAACAAAUGCAUGAAUACCUCCGCUCACUUCUGGUGAUCACCGUCACCGAGCACCGCAAGCGAUUCGGUGUCCUAGGUCACCGUCCCCACAAGACGCAGACAAUCAUCCAACCCGGCCCGAACCGAAUCUCAGGCAUCAGUCGAAUCGGCAAGUAUCUCGCAAUGGUCCUCGAAGAAGCCCGUGCGGCCAAGACUGAGUGCAUCUUCGUCCUGCAUGGCUGGGAUGGCUUGACAACUGACAAGAUGUCCAUCGCUGAACUCUGCGAGCCAUUCCGCGACGUCACUUUCUCCUUCCAUAUUUAUGCCAACCGCGGCACGCCUCGUGAGUUCUUUGAAGUUAACGGUCACAAGGUCAAUGCGUACUUCAGACACAGGGUUCGUGUCGAUGAUCCGGCUAUUGUUGGUGAUCGUUCGACCGCGCUUUUCAUUCGCAUGCUAGAGGUUCUGCCUACCUUGGGAUAUGGGAGAUACUACCCUGUUCUUUCAGCUGCGGAAAGGGAUACCCUUGCCAAGUACGAUAAGCGGAUUUCUGGGAUUUACGAGCACGAUGAGCUCGAGGGUUCUUCAAAGGUUGAAGAUGCAAAGCCCGAGACACCAAGGCCCGGCGUUUAA